UAUGCAAAUACUACAACCCGAAGCACAAGUAUUUUGUGUUGGUAGGUGUCAGUCUUGGAAGCUUCCUUAAGUGCGGGUGCUGAGCUGAUUGAUCAGCAUUGGCAGGUGAUUGAUGCUGAAAUGUUUCCUUUUCACGGGCUUCGGAUCCAGUUUUCAGCAAGAAAAACAGCGGAGGUGUCUGAGUCUGGUUCAGGCAGCAGAGGAACUCUGCCAGACAGCUGCUACGGGACGCGUUUCCUUCCUGCUGCCCUGGGAGUGCACUUCCUGGUCACCAUGGCUGAUCCCGCAGCAGAAGAGCAGGCACAGCACGGUGCUGAGCUGUGCUGUGAAUGCGGACAGUUCCACCUCUUGCCGGACAAUCAUCUCUACAACUUCCAGAAUGAAGUGGACGAUGAACUCAUUUGCCAUAUCUGCCUUCAGCCUCUGCUCCAGCCUAUGGACACCCCCUGUGGACAUACGUACUGUUUCAAGUGCCUUGAAAACUUCAUGCAGGAGUAUAACUUCUGUCCUAUGGAUCGGAAGAAACUCUCUCUCCAGCAGUGCCACAAGUCCAGCCUUCUAGUCCGAAACCUGUUGGAUAAGCUGGUCGUCAUCUGUCCGUUCAAGGCAGAGUGUCAGCAGACAAUGCAGCGGUGUGAACUAGAAGCUCACCUGCAGAACAGGUGUCCUGGUUUCAAGAAAUACAGAUGUGAACUACAACGGAAAAGGAGCCCUGUUUCCAAAGGGAAGGAAGAGCCCCUCACCAAGGUGGAGAUGACCACGGCCAGGGAUCCAGAGGUACCCAGGGAUCCGGAGGUACCCAGUGGAGGAUCCACGCUUGUAGCAGAAAGCUCCGCAGCUGCUGUGGUAUCACUGGGGACUGCGGAGCCUGGACUGGUUAACCCAGCUUUUGAGGAGAUUGAAGAAGAUGUCCCUCAGAGAGCCAGCCCUGUGGCUGAAACGAGCACCAUCGAAAUUCACCGAGAAGAUCCAGAGGAAGAGCUUGGGAUGAGAAUAGUUGGGGGUAAGGACACCCCGCUAGGAAACAUUGUCGUUCAGGAAGUCUUACGGGAUUCUGUCAUUGCUGCAGAUGGAAGAAUAGCACCUGGGGACCAUAUUCUUGAGGUGAAUGGUGUCAACAUCAGCAGCGUGACUCACUGCCAAGCUGUGUCCUUCCUGCGCCACCCAGGUCCUGUUCUCCACCUCAUGGUCCUGCAAGAGAAAGGCUUUUCCAAUAAGACUGCACAGCAGGACUCCACUUCUGCUACGAAUCAGGAAGUGAUCCAUGUCACCUUGAUAAAGAGAGAUCGAUCCGAGCCCUUGGGAAUCAAACUGAUCAGGAAGACGGAUGAGGCAGGGAUUUUUAUUCUGGAUCUGUUAGAGGGAGGUCUGGCAGCCAAAAAUGGGAAGCUGAGUCGGAAUGACAGAGUCCUGUCUAUAAAUGGCCAGGAUUUGAGGCAAGGAACACCUGAGACUGCUGCACAGAUCAUCCAGACCAGCGAAUCCAGAGUAAACUUCGUCGUCCUGAGGCAGCCAGGGGUGCAGCUGUUGGACCCAGGGGAAGAUGGCAGCACGUCAAACAACAGCAGCAGCAGCAGCGGAGGAGGAAGCCCAGUGCAUCACCGGAGGAGACUAGAGCAGAGUCACUACAGACGGAAGUCCAACUACCAGAAGGAGUUACCUCCAGGAUAUAUAAGUCAUGAAAAGACAGUUGCAAUAAAGAAGGAACCAAAGGAAUCCCUAGGAAUAACAAUUGGAGGCGGACGAGAUAACAAAAACAAGCUCCCCAUAUAUGUUACAAGCGUGCAGCCCAUCGGGUGCCUCUUCAGGGAUGGCAGAAUCAAGCGAGGAGAUGUACUUUUGAGUAUAAACGGCAUCGAUUUGACUCAUCUGAACUACUAUGAAGCUGUCUCAGCACUGAAAUCUAAUGCAGCCUCCCACUCGGUCAUACUGAAAGCCUUGGAAAUCCUUUCGGCGGACCCCACAGAUCUGUGUCUGGACAUCAGUGAGCGGGGAUUCAGCUGGUCUCCCCUCUGGAUCACAUGGCUUGGAUUGCCAAGCUACCUUCACUGCUGUCAAGAUAUUGUCCUUAGCAAAGGCAACCAGGAAAGCUGGGGCUUCAGCAUCGUUGGAGGCUUUGAGGAGAGCAAAGGAAACCAGCCUUUCUUCAUCAAAACCAUCGUGCCUGGGACGCCCGCCUGCCGCAACGCAAGGCUCAAGUGUGGAGAUGAAAUAGUGGCAGUCAAUGGAGUACCAGCCGUUGGAAUGAGCAACGCGGAGCUAAUCCCAAUGUUGAAGGAGCAGAAGAACAAAGUGACACUUACUGUGGUAUCCUGGCCAGGGAGCCUCGUGUGAAAGCUGUGACAAAUCAAUCACGCCGCAGCCUUAAGGAUCAUCCUUGGUAUUGGACAUUUGCUGACCACACUGAGCUAAAUGUGACAGACUGAGGGAACGCUGCACUCUUGCUAUCCAGUGUAUUGUGUUAUGACAAGAACUUUCACUUCAUUUCUGGAGAAAACAUUUCUUUACAGCGUGGAGGCCACUGACUGACUGGUAGAUUCGAAGCAAUGGUGACUUAGGACAGUUGCAGCUUCUUGGAUUCACCAAAGCUUGUUAGCAUCAGUGCUGCAGAGAAAGCUGGUUCUCCAGUGUUUCUCUGCAGCUCACCCAUCUUUGCUUUGAGGCAUUUUCUUUAGUUUUAGAGCUCCUCUUUCCAUGUAAUGUUUUGAGCAGGUUGAAACAGCUGUGACUGCCCUGUUUCACCCGCUAGUCUAAGAACACCGUUAGGCUACCGCUCUGCCUUACUGCCAUACUGGACACGGAGUCAUUUGAUAUGUUUUUAAAAGCCACUAAUAAAUCUGUGAGGAUGCAGUCCAAUUAAGCAGCUCUUGUAGCCCACAGCUGUAUGUUCUUAGGCUGCUUUGAUCUACUGAAUGCUUUUAUACAUCAGAGAAGUCUGCAGCUCACUGCUGGCUGCUGAACAGCUGCCAACUGAGCAGGGCAGGGCUGUGUUGACUCCUAUGAUGGUCCUAUCACCAGGUAGCGGAGAUGAGGAACUCGUAGUUUUCCUCAACUUCCUCAGCUUGAUGUCUCUGGUUUUAAGACUUGAUGAGUGACCAGCUUUUCCCAGAGAAGGCAGAUGGCUGAGAAAGCAGGUUUGUUGAUGAGCAGCUGUUUCUGCUCUACCUUUCAUGGAGCCAGCUCAGACUGUCUGAUUAAUCCAAGGAGUCUCCUCUGUAAAAACGCUCCCUAGAAUGAAUGUUUUAAUUCCUUGUAGUAGCAAACAGACUGCAGCUAUGCACCCAUUGUCCUCAGCAAUGCUUUUCUUAGGGCUGGCUAUUGGUAACUGGCUAUUAGAGCAGAGCGGACCUGUUUCUUGCUCGAUGAUUGAGCUGUUUACGCACCGAGUGACUUCACUUCCUCUGGCUGUUAGCUUAAGGCAGCAUACAGCAGGCCCCGUUAUCAGAGCCUGUUGUACAGAAAUAGUUUAAGAUCCAUUUGUCACAAAAGCUCCCCAGGCACGUGGGGUGGCCUCUCCACUUGGCCAAUAAAUGCAGCUACUGUCUUAAACAGCAGAAAGAACGGGGCCAGCUGUUGCUGUUAGCAAACAGUCAGAGUAAAAUGAUUCUGAAGUCAGAAUGUGCCUGUGGAAAAUGAGUCCCUUGAGCUGCAUCUGACAGAGGUGAAACGUUUUGGUCUCCUUCAUGUCGUGAUAGAGAAUCUGUGCCUGAUAUGGAACAGUGAACAUUUACCUAGGUGGAAAGAGGGCAGUUCUUACUGAGGUGUAACAAAUGGGGCUUGUAUAAAGGAUGGUAGGAAAAAGCCAUGCAGGAGGUGGUCAGACCUUUUAAAUGAAGGGUAUGCUGCAGAAGUCAGCAUGACUUUUACUAUUGCUCCAUCUCGUUUCAAGGUGCCUUUAACUUCACCAAAAUGUCCUCAUAAUUAAGUACUGAUUGCAAGAUCAGCUUGUUCAUAGAUGUUGAAUUUGUUUUGAUGUCUUUAUAAAUUAUUCUAAUAUUACUGAAAACCAACAUGGA